AUGGAUUCCACUAAUGAGGCAGAUAACGAGUUCGACAGUUUACUAAACAAAGAAAUCGAGACCGCGAAGGAAGUGAGGCUAAGGAAGGAUGCGAACAGAAAUAAUAACAGGAACGAGAUCAGCAGCAAGGUCAAAGAUUCGAGUGGGUUUAGAUUACGAGUUAUCCAAACUGGCGGGAACAAGAUUGAAAAGUCAGAUCCAGAUUAUGAAGUGACGGUUGAUGGACGGUUGAGAAAGAUCGAGCCAUAUUUUUUCACUUAUAAGACUUUCUGUAAGGAGAGGUGGAGGGAUCGUAAGCUAGUGGAUGUUUUUAUAAGUGAAUUUAGGGACCGUGAACCGAGUUACUAUGCUAAGACUAUUGCAGAGGGGAAAGUGUACCUGAACGAUAAACCAGCGAACUUGGAGACUAUCAUUCAUGAUGGAGAUUUGAUAACGCAUAAAGUGCAUCGUCAUGAACCGCCGGUUACGUCUAAACCCAUAGAUAUUGUAUUUGAAGACAAAGAUAUUCUUGUCAUUGACAAGCCCAGUAGUAUUCCUGUGCAUCCGACAGGCCGAUACAGAUUCAAUACUAUUACAAAGAUGCUUGAAAGACAAUUGGGGUAUUCCGUACAUCCAUGUAACAGAUUGGACAAGCCUACCAGCGGACUAAUGUUUUUGGCCAAGACUUCACAAGGUGCAGAUAAAAUGGGAGACCAAAUGAAGGCGAGAGAGGUCACUAAAGAGUACGUGGCUCGUGUGAAGGGCGAGUUCCCCAUAGGAAUAGUAGAGGUGGGAAAGCCUGUCAGAUCUAUUAAUCCUAAAGUCGCAUUGAACGCUGUUUGCGAGAUGGGCGAUGAGAACGCCAAGCAUGCCAAGACUGUUUUUCAAAGGGUCAGCUACGAUGGACAGACGAGUAUUGUCAAAUGUAAGCCGUUGACGGGCAGAACCCAUCAGAUUAGAGUACAUUUACAAUAUUUAGGCUUUCCCAUAGCCAAUGAUCCCAUAUAUUCGAACCUGGAUAUCUGGGGCCCAGAAUUGGGUCGCGGUGGGCUCGAAAAUUAUGAUGAUAUCGCCCUGAAGUUGGAUGCCAUUGGCAAGACCAAACCUGCAGAGAGCUGGAUUUAUCCUCAUAGUGAGGGAGAGUAUUUGGUGGGCCGUCAAUGUGAGGAAUGCGAAGCUGAAAUGUACACAGACCCUGGUACCAAUGACCUGGAUCUCUGGCUACAUGCCUUCCGAUACGAGUCCUUGGAGAGAGAUCCAGAGACGCGCAAACCUCUUUGGAGCUACAAGACGAAGUACCCAGAGUGGGCUUUAGCACCACAUCGCCAAUACAUGGAAAUGGCCGUAAAAGAGGCCGACAGAUGUGGGCCAACAAAGACUGCCUUCAGUGUAGGUGCUGUUCUCGUCCAUGGAACCCAAGUUCUCGCCACAGGCUAUUCAAGAGAGCUACCGGGAAACACUCACGCGGAACAGUCUGCCUUGAUCAAGUACUCACGGGCGCACCCAAACUGCCCCAACGUAGUGCCCAUGGGAACAGUGCUCUACACGACGAUGGAGCCGUGCUCUUUUAGGCUCAGCGGCAACGAGCCCUGCUGCGACCGGAUUCUGACCACCAAUGGGGCUAUUGGUGCCGUCUUCGUUGGAGUCAUGGAACCAGAUACCUUUGUUAAGAAUAAUACAAGCUUGAACAUGCUAGAAUCGCACGGAGUGGACUACAUCCAAAUACCAGGUUACGAACAAGAAUGCACAACCAUUGCUUUCAAGGGCCACAAUGUCGACAACCUCUAA